GCUUAAUGAUUCACGGUUUGUGACACAUUAAAAGUUCUUUAUUCGGAUAAUCGCUCAUAUGGCAUAAAGACCAGCUCUUCAGCACAGCUUAGAAUCAAGUUGAAAAGGUCAUUUGGAUGAAUUGAUACUAUAAACAGCACGCAAUAUAAACAACUAGCAAGAAAAUGACUAAUGAGAACGACGCUCCUGAGGUGGAAUUUGAAAUGAAAGGAACAAAGUACAGUAGUUUAAAGAAACUGACUGGAGGUUCAAAGGACAACACUAUCGGCUUUCGGAGUUAUAGAGAAAAUCUGCGUUUCCUUAUUGCUGUCUUUGUUGCGGUUAUCUUGCUCAUAAUCUGCAUUGUGCUCAUUGCUUUAUUGGUGAAUAAAUCUUCGAAGAAUGUUUCAAGUUCGGGUGAAACAGAUUCGAGCAUAUACGUUUAUUCUGAUGAAGCUCAACGAAUCAAACUACAAGAUUUCUUACAAAGGGUUCAAGAUACAUAUUACAAGUAUAAUUCACAUUGGCUUUCGUCAAAACCUGACAUAACAACCGAAGAACUGAAACGCGGACAUCUUCCUUACAACGCAACUCCAGCAUAUCUUAAAGAAAAAACGGAUGCUGCGUUAAAACUUUUAGAUGAAAUCAACACGAAAACCAUCGAUGAAAAUAAAAUGACCCCUCGCGAAGUUAAAGCCUUGGAGCAGGUGAAGCACUUUUUGAAGACGGUUUUUGGUGCCCCUUACGACGAAAACUUUUAUAAUGCAGAUUGGAUGUUGGGUCCAAAUCAUUUUUGUUGGCAAGCAAUCUGUUCAAUUCCUUACCACAUCGCCUCUUACGGAAGGCGUGUUACACCACAAAGUUUUGAAGACGCUGAGAAAAUUAUAGAGAAAAUUUUAUCGAACAGGCAUUCGAUUUUUCAAUUCAAAUCAAACAUGCAGCUAGGCGUUCGAACUGGAAUGGUUCGCUCCAAAUUCAACUGUAUCGCCGGCAUCAACGCGUUUAAACAGAUUUUCAAGAAAAUUUCAAGUAAAAAUAACGCUAGUGAAGUGGUGAACGAGUGGUUUGUAGAUGUGUACACUAAAGAAAAGUUCAUCGAGAAUUUGUCGACGACAGAUCGAGAGAAAUGGAUGGUAACAUACAAGAAAGAUUUUACCCAGUCAGUUAAAGAAAGUUUGAUUGAAGGAAUUGGCAAGCCUGUAGUCGAUCUUGUUAAAUACAUGGAAAAUGUACAUCUACGACAUUGCCUUCCAUUAAAUCAUGCCAGUGGUCUUGCCAAUCUUCCAGUGAAGUAUAUAUAUGUCGAUGGAAAGAGAACAGAUAAUCGCACUACCAGGAGAUUUCCUAUCACAAACACGAUUAUUGAUGGAAAGAAAUCGUACAAAGACAUUUUGGCUUAUUUUACUACGAGUGACAUUACUCCUGAAAGAGUGAACGAAAUCGGACAUGAACGAUUGAAUGUCCUCUAUCCUCAGGUCGUAGAAAUCGCUAAAAAUGUCACUGGACUGUCACAUGAAACCGCCGCCAUAACAGCUUUUCGUAAGAUACUGGCAAAUCAAAAGUCAUAUUACAACAAGAAACCUUUUCCCGAGAUUGAAUCAAAUGCCACAGCCCACCAACGCUGCACGGACAUCGAAAGUGCUCGAAAGUUUUGUCCGGGACGCUACAAAUCAUUGAAGGCUUGGAUAGCGUCCUGUCGAAAGGUCAUGAGCAUGCUAGCACCAAAAAUCAUCAAUUUGUUUUAUCAUACUGGUGAAUGGAUAACAGUUCCGAACUGUCCUAUUGAAAUGGAGCCUAGUUUUAAUCCUUCGGCAGGAGCGCAGUUCUUCCAACGCACUGCUAAGUCGUGUACAACUCCUGCAAAGUUUGGUCUACCUUUCUUUCUAGAAAAUCAUGGUCCUCGGUUUUCGGAGUGGUCCGUAACAGCGCACGAGUCGUGGCCUGGACACCACACUCAAAUACAAAGUCAUAUAGAAUAUUUCAAAGACCCUUACGGUGGUCUGCCGAAAUGGUUGGACGAUAGAACCUAUUACACAUUCUUUACCGAAGGCUGGGGUUUGUAUUCGGAAAACCCCGUCAUUGCCAAGGACACCGACACCUACGAAGAAGAGCCGAUGCAAAAGUUUGGCAUGCUAAAAUGGCAGGUAUGGAGAGCUCUACGUUUGAUUGUUGAUACUGGAUUACAUUAUCGUGGAAUGAAUAGAAGCAAAGCCUUAUGGUACUUCGCGCACUAUGCCUGGGACGAGACAGAUCUUGCUCGAAAGGAGAUAACUCGGUACCAGGGUUCUCCCGGACAAGCUACAGCGUACAUGUUGGGUCAACAGAAACUCGUUGAGCUUAGAAACUAUGCAAAGAAACAACUGAAUGAUACAUUCAAGAUUCAAGAGUUUCAUUAUCAGGUUUUGUCUCAAGGUUCUGCGCCUGAGGCAUAUCUUAAUAAACAUGUUAAAAAAUUUGUGCAGUGUAAGCUUGGGAAGCUGACUGGCAAGACAUGUGAUGUUAUCCUAAAACCACCAAAGAAAAGUAACUCGCCCCAGGUCGUCGAUGAUUAUGAAUCUCCCCAACCACCUAGAACUCAUUAUAUUUAGUAUUUUUACCAUUCAUGUACGUUAUGCAUUUAUAUUCUAUCACCUUCUACCUCCGGAUAGUGACUAGCUUUGUACUCCCAGUCAUAAUUUCUUACCAUUCCCUUCGUCUUUCGCCUUUUACAUUCUGUUAUCGUCACACAAACACAAACGCACAAAUGCAUGAUAAAUAUUCUUUGUUGUCAGAGUGAUAACACGGGGGAGGGUCAUUGAGAGCUCCAUCGAAAUUCAUUGCAUUUGAUAUAUAUAUGAAAAGAAUUGACAAUUUUUAAGAGAUCUAUAAUCACGUGAGUAGAGGUUGUUUUUCUUCCAUUUGCCAAGGUUUGUGAAAAAGUUGUUUUUUCGUUUCCCCAAUAGUUUUUUCGAGGAGUUUUUUUUAACUGUUGUGGUAUACGUAAAGUAUUCAUAUUUAUUACACGGCAUAAGGCAUACGUUUAUAGGUAAGUUUGCCCAUAGAUGGACAAUGUUUACUUCAGACAUAAAUAUUUAUUUCUCAAAUUAUAGUUUUCAGUAGCGUGCUCCCUAGUUUUGAUAGCAAAUUUGGCAUUAAAAUCUUUACUUGUUUGUCAAGAGCA